AUGUAUUUGGUCGCGGGCACUUCAAAGCUUACGUGUAAAGGUAGAGAGGCAGCUGCCAUUUGUCGCCCCCAGGGUUCGGAUGCGGUCGUGGCGCACUGUUGGUACCGUCGUAAACGGGAGGCGACGCCUGGCGCCGAACGCCGGAGAAGCACCGUGAAGGCGGAGGUCCCUGUCACGACCACAGAUGAGCGUGUGCUCUGGGUGGAUGCGCCCUCGCGAAAGUACCCUAUCAUUUUCCGAAACAAGCCAAGUCUUCACGACUCUGAGCUCUUCGCGCCGCACAUAAGCGGGAACUCUGUCCUGAUCGUCACGAACGAGACGGUGGCGCCCCUGUACCUUCACCGGCUGCGGGAGGGGCUUUCUCGCUGCCCCCAGGUGGAUAGAGUUGAAGAGUGCAUCCUCCCUGACGGAGAAGAAUACAAAACAAUGGAUAGUUUGCGUGCAAUUAUCGACGUGUGUAUGCAGAAAAGACUCGAUCGCAAGUCGACGCUGUUUGCCCUCGGUGGUGGCGUCAUCGGGGACCUCACUGGGUUUGCGGCUUCCGUUUUCUUGCGCGGUAUACCGUUUAUUCAGGUGCCGACCACGUUGCUCGCGGUCGUCGACUCGGCCGUUGGCGGUAAAACGGGAAUCAAUCACCCGCUGGGAAAGAAUAUGAUUGGCUCUUUCUACCAGCCGCACGCUGUGAUCGUUGACGCGAGCACCCUGAAGACACUCGACCCUCGACAGAUUUCAGCGGGUAUAGCGGAGAUCAUCAAGUACGGCCUGAUAUGUGAUGAGGAGUUCUUCAACUGGUGCGAGCGCAAUGUGUCGAAAAUGGUUUCGCUGAGCCCGGGGGCUAUCCAGUACGCCAUGGAGCGCAGUUGCCAAUGCAAGGCGGCCGUUGUCGCUGCAGAUGAACGCGAAAGUAGCGGGUAUCGGGCGAUUUUGAACCUCGGGCACACGUUCGGACACGCAAUUGAGGCUGCAACUGGAUAUGGAACCUGGUUGCACGGGGAGGCUGUGGCAGCCGGCAUGGUGAUGGCAGCUGAAAUGAGCCGGCGCCUGGGCUUUAUCGACGAACAGGUCGUUCGCCGAAUAGAGGCUAUUCUGACCGAGGCAGCGCUGCCGGUGCGUCCGCCACCGAGUAUGAACGUUGAAACUUUUCUCACAUACAUGGCCAUGGAUAAGAAGGUAGAGCGUGGUGUCCUGCGUCUCGUGCUACUCGAACGGCUUGGAAAAGCGAUCGUGACCGCUAACUACGAGCGUCAGGUGCUCGUGGAUACCAUUGAGUACUUUCGACGCCUGUACCAGGAGCAGCCAGAAAACUAUGAAAGGCGUCUAGCCCAUCUGCGACCAAAAUGA